CGAGGAGAGACCGCGUGUCGGGUUAAAAAAAACAAAACAAAAAACACACGAUGUCGUCGAGAUUUCACGUCGGGAAAAGAGGCCAUAACGUUCGGAUUAAUGUAGCGUCGACACACUCGAUCUGUUGGAGCACGCAGAAGGAUGUUGACUUGAACCAUCGUACACAUGUCUAAAACGUGGGACCAUCCUGUUCUUUUGAGUUCUGUGACCUGUUCAUGGCUUCUAAAAAGAAGCAGAAAGGCAUGGUGUUUCAUGAGGAAGGGGUGCAUACCCCUAAAGCAGCACCUGCAGUUGGUCAUAGACUUGCAUGCUUUUCUUCCCAAAACCCAGGGAAGGCAUGUGUAGGUGGGAUGGAACAAGGAUCCACUGUGACCUCUGUCGAUGCAGAUAUGUUCAGUAAAUCCAACAUGUGUCUAUCAAACGAAGUUAACAAGUUGUCUGGACUUCCUGCUGCAAAACAUUCUGUUCCAUCAUUCAGCUUGUCACCUGAGAGCUUCUCCAAUGGCAUCAAAGUGACACUGGACAACAACAGUAUGUGGAAUGAGUUCUUCAGGUGCAAAACUGAGAUGAUCCUUACUAAACAAGGCAGUAGGAUGUUCCCCUACUGCCGUUUUCGCAUUUCCGGCUUUGAGCCAUCUAAGAAGUAUUUUUUGAUUAUGGAUGUUCAGCCUGUAGACAAUAGUCAUUACAAGUGGACUGGGCAUGGUUGGCAAGUUGCUGGAAAGGCAAAAGGCCAUGUGAAGAGUCCACCGUUUUUUCAUCCAGCGUCUCCUUCGCUGGGUCACAACUGGAUGAGCAAUCCAAUUUCUUUUUACAAGCUGAAGCUCACUAAUAACAUGUCAGAUCAAGAGGGGAACACUAUGUUACAUCCCAUGCAGCGUUAUUUGCCACGGCUACAUGUGAUCCAAACUGAAGAAACUGCAACAGAUUUAAAGUUAAAUGGUCCUGGUGUUGUAACAUUCACUUUCCCUCAGACUGAAUUUAUGGCAGUUACUGCUUAUCAGAACUCACGGUUUGCUCAGUUGAAAGUCGACUAUAAUCCCUUUGCAAAGGGACUCAUGGAAGACUCUUCUAGUUCAUGGGCCAUGAAGCUAAAAUUGAGCAACAAAAGUGUUUGCACGGUUGAAGCCACAACAAAGGAGCAACACCCUGUGAAGAAGAGCUUAAAGUCUUUGCUCUCAAAUUACAAGCCUCGGAGUUCAAAAACAGAAGAUCAGAAAUAUCUGACACCAGAUGGCCUUCUGCAAAAUUCCUUGACAAAACAAGAACAGCCAACUGUCAAGGCCACUGGGGAAAGUUCAUGCAAUAAUUCACACCCUCCAACGAAGUUAAUUUCUGAACUUAUUCGAGAGGCUCAUGUUUCACUGAACAGAUGCAGUUUGGAGCAGCAGUCCCUCAAUAACAGUGCUUCUGUCCAAACAGAGAAAGCUAACAGUAACAUCCCAACAUCAAGAGGAAGUGAACAAGCUGGUGUGAAGAAGGACAGGGCAUUUAUAAAGACAUACAGCAAAAAAACACCCACAAAGAUGAAUGAAAAUGUGACCAAGAAGAAUGUUGAAGAGGACAAGCAUGUUUUGAAGUCCUUGAACUGCAAAGAUAAAAUUAAGACAGUUGAGACUGUGGGCAAUGAUAAAUCACUGACGGAUGUUGUUGCUGCUCAAACUGUGACUUUGAACUGCCCUGCUGUCUGUGAUCAAAAACAUCAAGAUGACGCUCAGCCACAGGUAAAUGCAAAGCAGCAUAAACGGCCAGCACCUUUGCCUCUGCCAGCUCUUGCUCGUUUUUUGAAGCAACAUUCACGAAAAUCCAUCAAGUUCAAGACAGACACAGAGACCACACUUCCUGUGCACCUGCCUCAAUCUUCAUCAGGAACUCAAAGUCCUCCUGUAGCUUCUACUUAUCAAAUUUCUAAAAUCUCCAGUGAUACAUCUCCUUCAAAGGAUAUCCAACAUGAAAUAUCUAAUCAAAACAAGAACACCACUGCCCAUAGUGGUGUUGAUAGUCACCCACAUCAGAAGGUUUUGAUAGCAAGUGGACAUGCAGGUGAAACAACUCUCGCAUCUUCUAGUCCACUCCAUCUGGAUGCAGAUCCUGAGAGUCUAAGAACUGAUGAUUGCUUGGCCUCAGGUAUGCUUUCUGAAAAUCCAGUCCCUGAACUGUUAGUACCGGAUUGUUCAUCAGUGUUAGCCAGUUCAGACGAGCCAUGUUGUACCCUUGCAACACCACUAUCCACCUCAAUGUUGACUUUUUCUACCUCUUCGACAUCUCCCCGUUUGUCUCAGCCCCUUGACACAGUGUUAACUGCCCCCAAUGAAUCUCAGACAUCUACUCUGACAAAGUCUUCCUCAGUACUGUCGCAUUCACUUAACAUGAAAUCCAGUCCCUUUUUCCCAGACUCUGAGUGUUCACCUUUUGGUUUUGAGCCUUUGUCACCUGCAGCAUCACCAGACCCAUUACCUCCCUUCCCUGCCUCUUUAGCUUUAGAACUUGACUCCACUUCUUCUCUGUCAACUUCAAAAAGUGCACUGUCUGAAGAGUUGCCUCAUAGUGAAGAUGCUGCCACAUCUGUGUUUAAAUGGCAUACAGUGUUACCGCCACCUGAUCCUUACAUAGGAACUUCAUUUGCAACAUUUCGGAAUGCAUCACAAUCACUUCCCUUAACUUCUGUUACAUCACCUUUGUUGUCUUCUGAGACCAGUUCCCACCCCGCCACCCAUACUAUAGAAUCAAACACAUCUACCCCUGCCCCGAACUCAAAUCCUUCAUUUCAAGGCAAUGAGCAGUCAUUGCCAUUUCCAGAGGAGCUAUCUCCUCUUGCACUUCAGUUGCCCCUGUCUCCAACAUUUUCUUCAUUAGAUGGAGAUGGAUUGUCACCUACACCUUCACUUUCAGAUCUUGUACAUUUUUUCUCCACCAAUGAUGACCUUGGAAUGGAGGUGGAGUUUCCCAGCACAGAGACAGUGGGUGUUUCCUGCUCACUUCCUAAUACAGCAGUAACAAAUGCUUCAGAUUUUUGUCAAGAUGCACAACUGUUUCCCACUAAGAAACCACGCAAGUACAAGACGUCACGGCGUCGAAGGCUUGCUGUGACCCACUUGGCUCCUGAGACAGAUGACUCAAUGUAUACUAGCAGACAGCCUAACCUGGAAGAAGUUGAGGAGCAGUUGUUUGUCUCAUUCACAUCAAAGGAGGCACUCAGACUUCACAUUGGGAACAACACUGAAGAUCCUGGACCAGUUGCACAAGCUCAGACAUCUUGUGAAGUACAGCAGCAACAAUCUGAGGAGGCAACCGAGAAUGUUGAAACAACAGAGAGUCUCGAGGACAGAAUUGCUUCCUUUGAGAAAAUUCUUCUCCGGGAUUUGAAGAUGAUGAAACACAGACAGGUCAUCCAUCAGGUGCUGCAGGAAGUUGGACUGAAGCUCAGCCUGUUGGAUCCGACCCUGGCCAUUGACCUACAGUACCUUGGAGUCCGUCUACCAGUCCCUCCUCCUGGAGUCGGUGUGGAACCGCUGCCUGAACCACUGACGUCAUCACAGAGUGUUUAUGCACCAUUUGUUUCCAGAACCGGAAAAACAACAGACGUCACUCAGAUCAAAGGUUGGAGGGAUAAAUUUGCUCCAUCAGAGAUUUCAUCAACUCCUCCUCCUUCCAAACCUGAAGCUGCAUCCACUACAGAUGUGCCCAAGAACCUGUCUGCUUUCUGUAGUGACAUGCUGGACGAGUAUCUGGAGCACGAGGGCAAGUUUAUCGAUGAGCGCGCUGCUAGCUUCGGACAGUCAACAGUGGAGCCAGUGGUAUAUGAACUUCCUAUCAAGAGCAGUAGCUACGUCAAAACUCUGGAUAGUAUCCUCAAAACAAAGCAGACCUUGAGCGUUCCCACCUCAGAGCUCAUAUCUGGCUUUGUGCCGCCUUCUAAGCGACCUAAAUUGACCUUCAAGAAAACAAAAAUGGCAACAAAUGUGAACAGGAAGCUGAAAGCAGCAGGUAUUAAACACAAGUCCAGACCUGAAAGUGCAGCUGAUCCUGUUUCAGCGCAUGUGUUGACUUAUAAUAUUGAAUCAUCCUUAGUCCCUGAACAUUUCACAGACCAGUCCCCAUCUUCUGCUCAAAACAUUCAGGCCCUAGGGGCCCGACCUCCUUCAGAGGACAAGACACCCCUUUGUAACUCACCACUGGAGCCUGGGCUGGAGUCAAGGAAAGACCAUUUGAAAAUGAGUAUACCGGCAUCUGAAUUUGUUUCUACAAACAUAAGUCCCAAAAAACAUGACAAAAACAAUCGUGUUUUCAAGAGGAAAAAAAUGAAACCAGCAGCUUUGUCCCAAACCCUCAGCCCUUCUAAGGACUUGGCUCCACUAGAGUCUGACUCUGAGCUCAGUCACACCGUUGACCAAAGCCCUAAAAGCCCUAAACCCCCCAGAAAUGAUGGCAAACCCUUGAUGACCCGGUCACUGCUGAAACUGAAAGACCUGGAGAACAGUGUGUCCUGGGAGGGACGUUUGAGGACCGCCAUCACUGAGGACAGAGCUGCCGUUGCUCUGACAUCACUCUUCACAUUAAUGGGUUUUGUAAGCGAGAAUCCCACAGCUCCCAUCCAGCUGAUCAGGCGGCGACCUCCUCCUUGUCUGAACGACUUCUGCCGGCUGGGUUGCAUAUGCUCCAGUCUGUCCCAUACCACCAGGAUCACACACUGUGGCCGGGCACAGUGCAUGUUUGGCUGCAGCUGCCUCAAACAGAAGGUGGUGCUGCUAAAGAACCUUGAGGGUUCUGACUCCAGCCCUUCCUACCACAACUCCAGCAAAAAGAGGAGGAAAAAGAGGAUGAAGAUGGCGUAUGUUCUGAAGGAUGCAGACACAGUUUCCCAGCCAGCUGAGCGGGUCCGGAUCCUGUGGAAGAAAAAGAGUGCAGAUUCUGAUCCUGACCCGAUUGAAGUGCCUCAAGCAUUUGUCCCAUCCUGCGGCACUAGUAAACCCAGAGUUCCACCCCGUGGAUCCACCUGUGAAGACGGAUCAGUCAAAGGUUCCAAGCACAGAACAGUUACUGGAAAGAAGAAGUCUGAUUUUGACAGCUGUGCCAGGGUCAGAGGUUACAAAGACAAAAUGUUUAAGAGACCCAAGCGAAAGGGCGUUUGUAAAAUUCAGGCUCUAGAUGAUCGUUCAAAGCCUAACAAGGUGAAAGGUGCUUUAUGUCUCAAACCAGAUCCUGUUGACCAACUCCUUGAGUUGCCAAAGUCCGAUGAGCCCGAAAGUCUUCCACAGUUGCAUCCAAAGCCAUCAAAACGACUCGUUAUCAUGGCAGAGGGUCGGUGGCAGAGUGAUACCGACCGAAAUCACGUCUUAAAAGUAGUUUGUGAGGCCAUGGCCCAGGAACGACUUGACCUGCCCUUCUGGGUUAAACAUUACCUCAUCACGCCUCUGAACCAGUCUGUGGAGGAAAGCGCUGAGGGUCACUGCAUCCACUACAAAAUCCACAUCUCUCAACCCUGUGUGAACCCAUCAAAACCAGCAGCACAGAUAAAGCCACAUGCAUCGGAAGGCCAGACAGAGAUGCAACAAUUACAAGAGCAAGGUCUCCAGAGAGAAAUGCAGCAGUUACAGCAGAGCGUUGAGCCAGAGACAAACCAACAAGGCAACCAGAAGGUGCGGCGGCAGGGCAACCAGAAGGAGCGGCAGCAGGGCAGCCACAAGGAGAAGCAGCAGGGAAACAAGAAGGAGCGGCAGCAGGGCAGCCACAAGGAGCGGCAGCAGGGCAGCCACAAGGAGAAGAAGCAGGGCAGCCACAAGGAGAAGAAGCAGGGAAACCAGAAGGCGUGUCAGCAGGGAAACCAGAAGGAGCGGCAGCAACACAAAGUUCACAUCAAAAAGACCAAAAUCCAGCAAGAAGAUUACAAGAGAAAGACAAACAAGCUGCUGAACCAACACGGACACACACCCAAAAAACAACCAAAAAGGUUCCACAAAACAGUAAAACAACUGCCUGACCAACAGAAAGAGAGAUUUAAUCAACAGCAACGGGGUAACAAGAGAGACCACCAACGACAGGAGUGCAGCCUCUGUGAGGGCCAACAACAGCACCAGCGCUGCAACCAGAGGAAUGUCCAACAACUACAAGAGGACCUGCAACAAGCCCAACAGCAGCAGCAACAAGUGAUCAAAGAGAAGUCCCCAGAAUACUGGCAGCAGGAAGUAAUGGAGGAAGAGGAUCUUCUGGAGGACUGGCAGCGGGAGGUGGAGGAGGACCAGUCUGUGGAGAGCUGGAACUGGGGUGAGGCAGUUACUGAUGUCAAGGAUGAGAUGGUGGCGCCACCAGUUUCGCAGAAGAAUGAAUGGGAUGAGAGGAACACAGAGGUGAUGACGAGGAAAGAGAAGAAGCAGAGGAUGAUCAGCAUGGCUGUGCCUUUCCUGGCAGGUGUGUCCUCUGCUGGCAUCCUCUCAGCCAAUAAGAAACAGUCUGGAAGCUCAGAUCACGUAGUCCGGGUGAAUGGAAAGGACUAUCCUCUUGCCAGGGUCCAGUUGGGAAUGAUGGGUGCACUCCACCCAGCAAACAGACUAGCAGCUUAUCUGAUGGGCCGGGUGGGAUCCACCACUAAAAAACAGAAUUCAACAAUGGCUUCUUCUUCUUCAUGUUUGAAGUCCUCCCAUUCCAAAACCCAUCUGAUUCAUGAAAAGCCUUUGCAACCAACGUCUUCAGCUGCUUCAUUAUCGUCUGAUGUGGCUGCUGCCUGUCCCACUAUACCAUCCAGCAGUGUGCUACCAGCAACCGUGUUGAGCCUCCCUGCACAACCAAUGGGAGUUCAGCCAUUGGUUGUGAACACUGACCAGUCACAAUCUGUUCCUUCGACUGUUCCUGUGGAUCCAGUCCAGCUUGCAGGCAAAGCAGCAGCAGUGCAGAAGGAGGCUGGGGCUCGUGUAGUGACACUGAAGGUCAUUCGAACAGCCACAGCAGGGACUAGUCAGAUCAGGGCUGUUUCAGGUGCUUCUUCAAGCUCUGGCCCCACAUCAGGUACACAUAAUCUGAUACCAGUACCCGUCCAACUUCACAAUUUGUCCGCAGUUGGCCAGAAGAUGGUUCUGCGGGCAGCGCCAGGAGUCCAACUGUUUCGCAGACCGGAUGGUAAACUGGUGCAGAUUAUUUCUGUCAACCAGCUGAUGCCUGUGCAGCCAGUCACACCUGCCAAGACACGCCCUGCCCCAGUACAUUCUGUUACAUCACUGCAACAUCCAGCCAUCUCAGUUAUCAACCAAACAACACCACUCUUGACCCCCCCACUCGUCACUUCCCUCUCCGGGUUCCAGUCCUUCACUGUGUCUCACAUCAACACUCCAGCCCAACCCAGGGCUGGCAUGCUGCACCAGCAGGGAGCAUGUACCUUCAAAAUCCUCCCUUCAGGCAACACCAGUGAUCGUUUAAUCAUAACUUGUCCCAGCGUUCCUACCCAGGCCACCACCACAAACGUGGUGCCAGCACCAGGUUCUGUCACUAUGACUCCAGUGCGCAAGCCAUCCCCAGUGAAAUCCUCUGCAAGCCAGGAGAUUGAGCCAGGCAUCAACAGAGUGGCCAUCAAAGCUAUUCAGGAUCCUUCUUGCACAGGGACAGAUACAGCCAAGACCAUUCCUCAGGAACGUCUUCAGCAUGUCGUCCAAACCAUUCCCCCAACCGGCACCAUCAAUGACAACUUUGCAAAGCAUGGCAGUAGUGGUCCUACCACUGCAGCGUCCCAUCUGGAUUCAGAGGCCAACCCUGUUACCGGUGUCUUGCCUCAACCACAUCCUUCUCAUGAAAGACCCGCUGUUGCCAUUCCUGAGCUCGCAUGUGACCUAGUGGACCUGGACAUCAUCUGUGUUGAUGAUGAAACAGGACUCUGUACUCGAACAGGGGGUGGGGCCUGUGCAGGUGCUGCAGAACUGUCACAGGGCAAAAUGCAGAUGAAAGACAUGGAGGUAGUAGACCUGGUUGAUUCGAGCAGUUCGACAGAAGAUUUGUCAAGCUUUGAGGAUGAUUCGGACAGUGACAGUGAAAAGGAUUUUCCACCAAAGGCGUCCACUGAGAUGAACAACACGGAAAGGAAUGCAGUGAAGUCAGCCUUGGAGAAAAACCGGCGACAGGAGCUUUUGCAUCUGUUUAGCAGUCUGAAAAAGGAGCUGGCACUCUCCAAAAAGUCUUCAAAGAUCAGUGUGUUGACAAAGGCCACGCAGGAGAUCGAGAGGUUGAAGGCAACUGAGAAACGCUUGGUGAAGCAGAAGAGGAGGCUGACGCAGUACAGAGACUCCUGUCUUGAUGUCAUUGCUCCCAAAACAGGCACAGGUCAGAACUCCUUCCAGCAGGGCAGCACCAAAAAGAAAAGACAAGAUGAGGCAGAUGUGAUUGAAGUGGUGGAUCUGUUGGAGGAGACCGAUGAGCAGACGGAUCACUCGUCUGACGAGGACUGUGCUAUCGUAAACAACAUCAACGUCAUCACCAGUGAAGAUGAUGAUGAUGUGCAGAUGGUUACUGUAGAAACUGCGGAGGAGAACAAGCAGUUAGUGAGGAGGAUGAGGAACCCAGACUCCAUACACAUUUCAGAUGUGAAGACGUGUCUCAGUGAGCAGACGGAGUCCUGUGUCCAGACCCCCCACCACUCAGGAAAUGAGCCUGAGCAGGGUUCCUCCGAUCAGCGGCACCCAGAGCAGGAGCGGGACAGGCUGAAAGACGCGGGUGCUGUCACAGAACCACCAACACCCAGCAGUGGUGCAGAGGAUCUUGUAGGACCAGAAACCAGAACCAAUGCUGAUCAUGUUCCUUCCACUCCCAACCAGAAAUUAACUGCUCCGCCUGAAGCCCCGCCCACCUCCGAAUUCACUUAUUACCCUGCCUCUACGUCUUCCCAGCAUCAUCACACUAACCUACAGACAACCUCAACUGGUACUUCUCAUAAUGCACCAGGCACGAGGGAUAGACACAAGACCGUUCCCAACAUCCUGUCUCGCAGCAAGCAGAGGAUGGCAGCUCCACUCUCCUCCCUACCUACAAACACUGAAGUGUCCCCCAUUAAGGCUCUGGUUCCAGCUGAGGUCUUGUCACUGGUUGGAGCUGUGUUGCCGGGACAACCAGUCCUGACCAUGAGCCAGGUGUUGCCGGGACAGCCGGUGCUACAGACGGCUGCAGGUGUGGCCACAGUCAUGCUCGACAUCCCCAGUCUGUCCAAUCAGCAGAUCCAACUUACACCGCAGCUCCAGCCACCAACUGGAGACUCUGCCUCCAACCUGGCGAGUCUGGCUCUGCCCCCCUCACCAAAACGGAAAGCUGCUCGCCCACUGGUCUCUACUGGAUUGGAUCAAAUUGUUGACCGUGUUAAAGACCAAGACCAGGUUCUGGUUCAGACUGAAGGCCUCAGACCUGAAUGCUCCGCUGUGUCUCCAGCUGCUGUACCAGGCGCGGUGACCUCGCUUUGUCCACAACAGAACAGUGAAAAUGGUGCUGUAGUUGUGCCUCAGGGGGUGGAGCUUGAGCAGGCUGGUGAUGACACUGAAAGUUUCACUUCCCUCCUAAAUGAGAUUGAUUUCCUCAACCAGCACAGCAGUACCACAGUAGAGGCGCCCACGCAGGCCUCCUUUUUGCCCAGACAGGAGGAAGCACAGACCGCCAGGACGCCUCCCGCUGGUCUCCAGGACUUAUUCAUUGACUCUCCUCCAGGUGCUGGAUCCUCAGCGGGCGGUGCUGAGGAGCAGGAGCAUGUCCACAGCCCGUGGCUCCUGGAGCUGGAUGAAGACUCUGACUCUGAUGAGGUCAACGCCACAGAGAUGGAGGAGGUGGGGCUUAAGAGCCACACAGAGACUAGGCAGCACAGACCAUCGCCUGAAUCCUUAAACAGAACAUGGACUGACCUGGCCCCACCCCCUCUGCUGCAGAUGAAAGUGGGCAGAUCGACAAUGGCAGAAUCGUCCAGCAGAGAUGGAUCAGCAGAAGAAAUGGGGAGGGAGAGCAGCGCAGCAUGGCGUCCAAUGCCAAGACUGGUUCCUCUGGGCCUGAGGGGAAACCCGCCAAGUUAACACAAAAAAAAAAAAAAAAAACAUGCGACUCCAGACCACCAUCGUAGUCAUCAGAUCAAAUAACAUCACUCUCGUAGGACGUAAUUUUACACUUUAUUUUUUCUCUAAAAGCCAGUCAGAUGUCAGAUGUCCGCAGCAGAGUUUAUGAUGUCUUCACCGUCAAAAUAAAUAGAAAUAAAAAUCACAGUAAAACCAAGUCAGUUUUGUGAGGAAAAAAGUCCAAUAGAUUCAUAAUUGAGGAAAAAGUAAUAUUUAAGGGGAAAAAUUUUUAAUAUUUGUAAUGUUACAUUGAAAAUUUUGAUUAGUGUUCUGAUUAUUUUGGCUUUUUCUUGUAAAAUUACAUUUUUACUCUUUUGAUAUUUUCUCCGUAAACGUUUUUUUUUUUUCCCAUUAAAGGUACAACAGUUUCUAGGACUUCUUUUUCUGUUAAAAUUAAAACUUUGUUUUUAUGUUCUUCUUGAUGCUUCGUCCUUUGUUACGGCAAGAAUUUGUCAAUUUUUAUAAUUCAUUUAGUCAUUUUCUAUUUUAAUUCCCCCUUUUGCCUUAAAUUUAAACUCUGAUUUUUUAUCUUUACCACCGUCAUAAUGUAAUUUUUGAGUCCAUCUGGAUGAUGUUUUGUAGAAAUCUCACUCUGUGUUUUUAACAUUUUUAUUUGUGAGUCUGUUUUUUUUCUCAACACAAUCGUGAAUUUUUCUCACUUAACGUGACAUUUGCUGCGACGCCUUUAAUCUGGUAGAAACUUUGUUGCCAGAAGAUACUUGACCUCAAGAUUCAUGUUGCUCCCUGUUGCUGUGAAAAUUGGCCAGUGUGGAUCAGGAUCUGUUGACUGUCUUCAUUCUGCUUUUAUAUCCAAAGAACUUUGUCAGACAUUUCAAAGAACGUAAACUGGACUUUAUUUUGUCUGGAUUUAGUUUACUGUUGUUUUUCUGCACAGGCUCUAAAGUCGACCUUUGUUACACUUUGACUUUAGUUUUUUACUUGACUGUUUUUGCUUCAGUCCUUUUGUUAUGGAUAAACUCUAAAGAAAAUGUUCAACCUGUUAGAUGGCAAAUACUUUGGGCGAGGGAGGCCUUUGGGUGCUCUUCUAGUUUACAUUUGGGUAGCGCUCCAAUUAACAUGUACUUUAAUUUGUAGGUAUAUUGUUACAGUUAAUUAACAGAUUAUUUAUACUUCUGAGGAAGCUAAAACUUCAGUCUGAACAUAUUAAGAACUCUCAUGGUUUUUCCAUGACAUUCUUUAAAAACAUUCAGAAAAGCUGAAAACUGUGGAGCUCAUUUUACAAACUUUGAGACAUUUAUAUUUGAUAAAACCACUGCAAGUCAUUGAGUGUAAAUAAAAAUCCUAAAAUCUCUGCAGUGGAAACAAACACUACCAUCCUUUUAUUUUUGGCAGCUUGCGACCUUUGACCUCAGCAGACACUGAGGCCACUACGGGAAAAUUGAAGCUACUACAAAGAGGCUUUUAGGUUCUCAAUUCCUCUGCGGCUCGUAGAUUAAAACCUUUUCUAAAGUGGUCCUAAAGAAACACUAGGAGGAUCCAGGAACCUUUCUGAGGUUCUUAAUUUUUUUUGUUUCUGGUUUGUUUUUGUUUUUUUAAGGCAUUUCCAGGAUCCUGGUUCAGGUCCAGUUCUGGGCCAUGCACACAAUUUCAACAGGUGAUGAAUCCAGAAUGUUGAUUCGUCAUCACAAAUAGGAAACAAAGUUGAAGUACAAACCAGAUGAGGUUGUGUGUUCCAUGUUGAAUUCUGUCAAGGUUGAAUUGGGGCUCGGGGCUCCAUUUUCAGACAGAACAACUGAAGAUGGUUAAACGUAGAAAAUGACGCCAUUAUACAUAACAGAUUUCCCAGUGCACGUGAUGUGUUUAAGGACUUCUGUGUUAAAUGAUGAAGCUGCUCAAAAGUUGAAACAUUUUGUACAGUUCCACCUUUGGUUUGUGGGUUUUCUUUUAACUAUUUUGUAUUUUCGAAAUGUACAUAUUUGUAUUUUUGUACAUGUGAAUGUGAAUAUAUGUUGGCGGAAGCCUCGCAAUACAAUGUUCUGAUAUAAUAAAGUUUAAACAAAGAUUUCUGA